CCUCCGCCUGGCUUCCAGCUGGUUUGGCUCUGGCCACUAUCGGCGAUCAGCUCAAUCUUCUCUCUCCCUCUCUCGCCUCGCCUCGCCAGACUUGGGGUGUUUCUCGCCGGCCCUCGUCUUUUCAACACAGCUUCCUAGUCCUGGGCGCCCUUGAUUCAACUGCGAAUAGAUUCGCUACGCGAUUUGCGAGACCCCAGCUCGAAGCAGGCAAGCCCAACCUGCAGCUCAGCGAUGUACAAUCACCAGCAGCGAGCGAUGGGCAGCCCCUCGGGCGCUGGGGGUCGGCCGAGAGGCGCCCUGUCAUCCUCCAACUCGUCCUCUGCAGCCGGUGCUAUCGGCGCAUGGGCAGACUGGGCAGCACGAAGCCUAGAUCCAGAUAUCCCCCAGUCAGCCGUUCAGGCUCACGUAGAGCGGUGCUGUAAUCCUUCCCUUCGAGAGCCAAAUCUUGGCCUCAACCUCGAGCUGGCCGACUACAUCAAGCAGAAGCAGGCCAACACGCCUCGAGAGGCAGCUGUCGAGGUCGUUCGCAAGAUCAACUCUCGGCACCCUCACGUCUCCAUUCUCGCUCUCCAUCUGUUGGACCACCUCGUCAAGAAUUGCGGCUACCCCUUCCACCUGCAAGUCGCUACAAAAGAGUUUCUCAACGAGCUCGUCAAGCGGUUUCCCGAACGGCCCCCCGUUUUUCCAAGUCCUUCGCAACAAAAGAUCCUUGAGCUGAUCCAAGAGUGGAAGACUACGAUCUGCGUGACCAGCAAGCACAGAGAGGAUCUGGUCCACAUUCGAGAUAUGCACCGCUUGCUGGGGUACAAGGGGUACCGCUUUCCCAACGUCGACUCGCGCGCGGCAGGUGUCAUGAACAGCGAAAAUUCAUUGCAAUCACCAGAAGAGCUGGAGGAGGAGGACCGGGCGGCGCAAGGAGCCAAGCUGCAGGAGCUGAUUCGAAGAGGCACACCACGAGACCUGGCUCAAGCGCAGGAGCUGAUGAAAGUCAUGUCGGGGGCCGAGCCAGAGAACAAGCCAGACUACUGGGCCCAGACGAAGAAGGAUCUCGACAAGGUCCAGAGCCGGGCCAUUCUGCUCAACAACAUGCUCGACAAUCGGAAUGAAGGCGAGACUUUCGCAAAGGGUGAUGCAUACGAUCAGAUCGCGAGUCACCUGCGGAGCGUGCAGCCCCGGUUGCAAAAGUGGAUCGGAGAGGCGGAGGAGGGCGAGGCAGAGCACUUGGACCGGCUGCUGUUAAUCAACGACCUGAUCAAUCAGGUGUGUGAGCGGCACAAGGCUUACUCCAAGGGUGACUUCUCCGUAACGGUCACAAUCGAUCCAUCAAUCGACCCGAAGAAGGGAGGAGCUGAUGCGGUUCCCACGGCCAAGAUUACUGACCUCAUCUCGUUUGACGAUGAGGACGAUUCGUCAAAGGCUGCUGCACCGGGGGGAGGCUCCUCGUCUGCCUCCGUCCUGGACGACUUUGCCUCUCUGACCUUUGGCGAUGCUCCAUCAGCUGCUUCUGCUUCUGCAUCCUCGACGACAGCGGCAGGGAAUGGAACAGCGACUGCACCCGGUGGCCUUCCCAGCGAUCUCUUUGACGCAUCCAACACGAGCAGGCCAGCUUCCACGACGAGCUCCCAGCUCGGCGGCUGGGGCGCGCUCCAGCUUCCCAUGGCUUCCGGAGGCCCGUCCUCUGUUCCAAACUCGUCGGGCGCCUCUACACCCGCGCCGCAAGGGCAGAAGCCACAGGCCGGCAGCGGCAAGGGCAACAGCAGCAGUAAUGGCAACGGCAAAGGCGCAGGGGCCUCUGCGGGAGGCAGCGAUCCAUUUGCGGACCUCAGCAAGUGGUAAUUAUUGUACUUGGCGCGAAGGGAGGGAUGCGUUCAACAACGGUGAACCUGCAGUCAAUCUAAUCACUUCACGCUCGCUGUUUUUGAAUGCGCGGUCACAGUUGAUUACUUUGAGAGCCGGGCGACGACGAGUGUAGUGGAAAGGACUAAGACAGGAGAACACAAUAGCUGGAAGUUAGCACAGACGAGAGUGUGUCAAGGAGAUGAAACAAAUGGACCAGUCUGGUCUUGCGAAACAAAAAGAAGCGAAGGGAGAGGGGGGUUUGUGUGUUCAAGCAACCGAGAC